CAUGCCCGAGGCGAUCGAUGCCCGGACGACUCGCACGCUGCGCAACACGGCCAAGGUCCAGCGGUACCGAAAGCGACUAGUGGCGACCAAGGAGGACCUCGCCGACCAGGCGACGCGCCUCCAGACCAUCAUCACAGUCCACAAGCUCACAGCGCCCUUGGGCUGGGACGACGUGUGCUCGGCGCUGGCGGAGACCCGCGAAGAAGCCAGCGCGUCAAACCGUGCGCUCAAGGCCAAGCGCAACGAGAUGGAUCAGAUCAUCGCGACGAUGACCAAGUGGGUCGCGUCGAUGACGCGGCCAUCGGUGCAGUCAAUGCUGCCAAAGUCGCUCGGCUGGAGUCGCACGAGCUUGUCGGCGGACCGGACGUCUCGCAAGAUGGGGUUUGACUGGUACACGCUCCACCUGCGCAACAACACGGACCGGUUUUUUGCCCAAUGCAACUUUCCAUCGAACGGCGGCACCAACUGCUUCCACGUCGUCGAAGGCGACGACGAUAUCUUCCACUUUAUUUGGAGCUACCAGCACGAAUACGAACUGCCUAUACAAGACGUGUACGCUGGCAUUCGUCUGCCGAUUUGGAGGAAGCUGCGCGCUGACACGUCGGCAUUCCCAAUUGAAAUGCUCGACCAAGAGCUUUUGGAUGACGUGGCGCCACGCAAGAUGAUGUAUCGUCGGGUCGUGCUCUCGGAGAAGCGCACCGACGUGCUUCUCACGCGGGAAUUCCCCGCCGACGCCACGAGCGACCGUAUUGUAUUUGUGUCCGGCAACAUUCACGAAGACGCUCUCCUCCCCGAGAGCCACUACCUUCGCAACCGCAUGUUUUGGCAUGUGCUCGAACCGGUGGGCCCCAACCGGACGCGGCUCCGGGUUGUCUGGACCAUCUCGUCCUUUUUGUCCAAUCAGAAGCCCGUGACGUGGGCAGAAGAGGCCGCGGUGCUCAAACGCGACCUCGGCGACGGCCCCGAGCAUGUCCGAAAGCAGCGAUUCCACGACAUUAGCCGGCGGGACAUGGCCAUGCCCGAUGACGCAUGGAAAGCGCUCUUCACGUUCGAGUACGAAGCGUCGUAGCACCCUCGUUCUCGCUGCCAAGUUUAUGCCUAUCGACUAUCUAUGAAAUACAGUGAAUCGCAUCC